GGGGCUGGGCAGCGUCGGGUUGCUUUAGGGCUCUCCAAGCGAGGGGACGAAGCUACCAUUUUGAUGGCAGAAGGGGGCUAUCGUAGCCCUCCCUCCCUUCCGCAGGGCUGACGCACGCCUGGUUUUCCUUAUCUUGGAUUUGUCACCAUCAUGGGAGAGAUUAAAAUCUCUCCUGACUACAGCUGGUUCAGAAGUACUGUUCCUCUCAAAAAGAUCAUUGUAGAUGAUGACGACAGUAAGAUUUGGUCCCUCUACGAUGCAGGACCCAGGAAUAUCCGGUGCCCCCUUAUAUUUCUCCCACCAGUCAGCGGAACGGCAGAUGUGUUCUUUCAGCAGAUUCUCGCCCUAUCUGGAUGGGGUUAUAGAGUCAUUGCUUUGCAGUAUCCGGUUUAUUGGGAGAUCUUUGAAUUCUGCGAUGGAUUCCGAAAGCUAUUAGAUCACCUACAACUGGAUAAAGUUCACCUUUUUGGUGCUUCCUUGGGGGGGUUCCUUGCUCAGAAAUUUGCCGAGUACACCCACAAAUCCCCCCGCAUCCAGUCUUUGAUUCUGUGCAACUCUUUCAGCGAUACCUCGAUUUUCAAUCAGACGUGGACAGCAAAUAGCUUUUGGUUGUUGCCUGCUUUUAUGUUGAAGAAAAUUGUACUUGGGAAUUUUGCAUCUGGUCCUGUAGAUCCUGAAAUGGCUGACGGAAUUGAUUUCAUGGUGGAUAGGCUGGAAAGUUUGGGUCAGAGUGAGCUGGCUUCAAGACUCACUCUCAAUUGCCAGAAUUCCUACGUUGAACCUCAUAAGAUCCGAGAUGUUCCCGUCACCAUCAUGGACGUGUUUGAUCAGAGCGCUUUGUCAACGGAAGCCAAGGAAGAGAUGUACAAGCUGUACCCCAGUGCCAGGAGAGCUCAUCUUAAAACAGGAGGCAACUUCCCAUAUCUCUGCAGAAGUGCUGAAGUAAACCUUUAUAUCCAAAUACACUUGCUUCAGUUCCACGGGACCAGAUACGCUGCGAUUGACCCUUCUAUGAUCAGUGCAGAAGAACUAGAAGUCCAGAAAGCUAAUCUUCAACCCGGCGACGAACAACCGCCAUCAUAAUUACUGACUGGCAGUUCUUUCACCUGGAGGGCCUUGCCUCUUUCCUUCUUGGCAGACUCCCCUUCCAGUUACACCUGACCUUCUUGUGUCCUCCUCUUUUCCCACUAAACCGGCUAGAACUGUGUCCUGAAACGCAGCUGGACAGGUUUCAUUAAAUGAAAUAGGACUACGGGCAUUUGCUCCCAUUGCUGUUUCAAAGCUAAAUUUGGAUAAUAAAGGUUAAGGAUGCAA